UUCUGCCCCAGGCGGAGCCACGGCCCAGUCCAUGCCAUCCGCCAUCCCCAUUGCACGCCGGUGCAGACAGGCUGGGAAGGCCGGUCCUGACCCCAGCUGGAGCAAGCCCCUUUCCCUGCUGCAGUCUAGAGUCUGGGCGGGGGCCUGGGUGUAGCAUGUGAGUGACUCAGGGCAGCCCCCCACCGGCCCCUCUGAGACACAAGGUCACAGAGUCACAGGAGCCUUAUUAAAUUAGGAGGAAGAGUCUCAGGUGUCCCUUGGUCCCUAUGCAUGCCCCUCCAGAGGUGGGCUCUGCCUUACCCCAGGAGGCUGCCCUCACUGGGCACUGCCUGGUUGUCUCCUCCAGGAAGACAAGGCCCUGGCAAGUGGGGGAGAUAACGAGCUGCUCAGAGACCUAUUUGGGACUCCCUGGGAAGGUGCCAGACACCACAUUCCUGCCUCUGCCUAGAGCCUCAUUACUGGCAUCUCUCCAGGGGCUCAGCAGGCAGACAGGCUGACCUCCCAGCCUUAGCCUCACCCAGUGGGGGCUGGGCAGAGGGGAUGAAGUUGGGUCACAUGACCUCUGAUUCAUAGGAUCUGGUUCUGGUAAGGGCUGGUGUAUGGAUGGAGUCUUGGGGACCUGAAGUUUCCUCCAGGUUCCGUGUUCCAGUCUCUCUCUCUCUUUUUUUUUUUUAAAGAUUUUAUUUAUUUAUUUGACAAAGAGAGAGACAGCCAGCGAGAGAGGGAACACAGGCAGAGGGAGUGGGAGAGGCAGAAGCAGGCUCCCAGCAGAGGAGCCUGAUGUGGGGCUCGAUCCCAGGACUCUGGGAUCGCACCCUGAGCCGAAGCAGACACUUAACGACUGAGCCACCCAGGCGUCCCCUGUGUUCCAGUCUCUUGAGAAGGGGAGGUGGAUGCUAGACUGGAAUGGGUUUCCUGGCCAGUUUCACAGACUGGGGCUAAGCCCCUUGAGUCUCCCACCCUUAUCCUACCCUAGGUGGGCUGCUCCAGGCCAGGCUGACCAUUCUGCUGGAAGCUAGGACAAGAUUAUUGUCCAAGUGCUCAGGGUCUGGAAUUCUUCCCUGGAUCUGACCUUGGACUGACCAGCUAGUUCUGAGGCCUAGAGAGAGGGUGGGGGAGACUGGAAAUGCCCCAGUGCUAGGCUGCCAGUGUCACUGCCCAGGCUCAGGGAUUGGUUGCAGUGACUCAAUUGGGCCACCAGGGGGCAGCCAUGGAUAGCUCAACAUUACUGGUCCUAGAACAGGUUCUGGAGACCCCAGCCUGGCUGCCCUCCCCAGGCCUUGUUCUGCUGGAGUGUGGCGUGGGACCUGGUCCUGCCUUUGACUCCAAGACUAGUGAUAUUCUAGGAGGCCAGGAUCUAGGAGCCAGAAGGAGAGAAUAGCCCUUUUCCAAGUACCCACUGUGGGUCAGCACCUGUGCUCUCUGCACGCUCCUCCUGGCAGAGGAAGAAAGGCUCAGAGAAGGAAGGUGACUUGCCGAAGGUCACAUAGCUCUCCUGAAUCAGGGCUGAGGUCCAUUUCUACAAUCCCACUUUCAGGGGGAGGGGGUCUCCCUCUUCCACAUUCCUCCUGAUUUCAGCUCUUCUCUCUCCUCUCAUUAGUGGCCCCAUAUGUCCCUUGGGGAAGGGGAUCUGAACUGUCAGGAGUUAAUGAUAACUUAAAGUGCUUUCCCUUGGGAUCAGGGACAACAUCCCAACAGGAGCCUUCAGGCCUCAACCUUAAUGAGUUAUGGCAAUGACAAGUGUAAUGGGUGGAUUAGGGGAGGAGGCUCUGCUGGUCUUGGUCACAAGGAUGCCUAGAAAUGGGGCCUCUUGGGACCCUGAGUGGUUUAUAUUCACGUAUUAUUUGAGGUUGGGAUUGGGGGGGAGGGGUAGGAUGUGUGAAGAUCCCAGAGCUAGACGCUGAGGAUGUGGGGAGCAGCUCUUGAAGAGGAGGGGGCUUUCUGGAGUAGGAGGUGCCCCCAAGCUGGCCCUGAAAACUGGAAGCCUUGCCAGGUGCACAUGGUAGGGAGGGGUGCAAGCCAGGGUGAGGGCAGGUUGAGGUGUUGGGAGAGAAGGACCAGGCAACCCAAGUCUGGGGCUGAUCACAGGGGACCACAGUGAACCCUGGGAGAGAAGGCUGUGGCAAGUCAGUCUGGGUGGUGAGGGCAUUGUGGAUGGAGAGGGAGGAAGGAAGGGGGGAAGGGCUGGGUGAUGGGGUGGGAUGUCUGUCUGUCUCUCUCUGUCUCUCUGCUACCUCCUUCCUGCUCAACCUGCCCACCUGCAAAGUGUUCAGCAGCCUUGGAGGGCCUCCAGGCCUCGGGAGACCCCCGGGCUCUGCAGGAAAUCAAUGGGACAGGGGAAGGGAAGAUGGGCCCUGCCUCCUCCUUCCCCCAGACCCAAGGGAUUGGGGAGAGGCCUGGAGCUGAGGCUUUCUCACCUGGCCCCGUGCUCUGGAGGCUCCCAAGCCCCCUGCCCACAGCUCGCUGUUUUGGAAAAACAUGGGUGUGGAUGCCAGUUGGGCAGAUGCCCAUGCUCCCAUGUAUAAGCUCUGGAACCCUGGCUGAGUUCCUGAGGUCUCUGAUCCUCACUGUUCUCAUGUGCUUUGGAGAUAUUAAUAGUACCUACUAAUGGGAGGAUUAAAUGAGCUAAUAUGUGUGAAGUACCUAGCACUGUCCCUUGAUAAUCCCCUUCCCAAACAUGUCUUCGGAGACAUAGCCUCCAGAGUCUUCCCGAGGCCCAAUAUCUUUUACUUCAACAAGCACUUGUUGAACACCUGUGUGCGGGGCUUUGCUGGACACUGAGGGGGAGCAGAUAAGUAAAUGAUGGGGUAGGGGGAAGAGGGAGCCCUUCCGGCAGGGGUAUUGAUCAGGAAAGAUUCCACAGAAGAUGUGAGGCUACAAAGACGAGCAGAUUUCUGCAGGUGGAAUUAAGAGGGAAAGGUGUCUUCAGAAGAGGGAACAGCAUGAACCAGGGGCAAGGUGACGUGACCCUGCAGCGAGCAGCCCAUUGUGGGUGCAGCUCAGUGCCCCGGGGCCUAUCCCCCAUGCAUCUGGUGUUGGGGGUUUUGCCUUUCCUGCCCCUUAAAUGUGACCCUAUCCCAGUCAAAUGGGCUCCUUGGGGUCUUCCCCCACCAGAACAAGGAAUAAUUCCUAUUCCUUUAGAUAGCUCUGUGACCAAGUGUGAUCCAGGCCCUAAUCUGGGGACUGUCUGUCUGUCACACAUAUACACAUUAGUACAGGUGGCCUGAACCUCCCAACCUCACCUCUAAUAUGACACUUCCUUCAGGAAGCUCUUCAGGAUUGUUCUUCCAUACUGUGUGCACUUUGUGUGCCUAUGCCUGGGUCAGUUGCCCCCAGCUAGGGACUGGCCCAGGGAGGAGCAACCAGAGCAGGGCCCCCUGGUCAGCCCAAGCUGGUCCAGCCCUGGUAUGUCCCCUCUCCCAUGCCACUCUCAGCUUGUGGAAAUUUCCGCACUUUCUUUGCCCUGGUUACAGCUCCUCCUGCUGUAUUUAUCACCUUGGAGACACAGUGGCACGGGCGCACACAUGCCGCACACACGUACUCGUGCCCUGUACACACGUGCCGGCACUUCCAGAUAUGCUCGCGCACAUGCACACGCAUGCAGCACGUGUCUGAACGCCCCCACAACAAAGCUCUCUAGGAAAAUUGCCCCCACCCUCCUCCUCCUCCACUCUGUCCUCCCACCACCAGCCACCUCAAAACACGAGACCAAAGAGAUGGGCUGGACGGCCCUCCCACCCUUGUCAGCCUGGGAGGCCAUCCCACUCCCUGACUACGGCGUCUUCCUUCCCACACCUUCUUCCCCACCACCCGCUUUUCCCUUCGUCUGUCUCCUCGGCUUCUCAAUCCUUCCCUCUCGGCCACUUCUCUGCUCCUGUCUCUCUCUCCCUGCACCUCAGUCACUCAGAGUCCUCUCGGCACUCUUUCGACCCUCUGAGGUAGAAACUGUGAUUCCUCCCUGCCCUCCCUCCUGGGGACCUCACGGGGGCUUAUGGGGACAAAGGGACAGGCCUAGGGGACCCAAGGGCCUGAGUCUCCAGAUCCUGUCAUGUCAGCCCCUCCUCCUGGGCGAGGGGAGGGCUGUGUGCUUGGCACCAUGGAGACCAGCGUCAUGGUAACACAGCUUGGGUGGGCACAGCCUUCCUCCUCCUAGGGGCCCCCCAAUGCCUCCUAGGAGCUGCCAAGCAGCUCUGAGGAGAUGGGCCUUGUGCUGGCGCCCACCCCCAGCUCAUGCCAGCCCAAGAUACCCCCACCCUGACCAUCUGUACUUGCAUCCCAGCUUCCAAUGCCACAAGUCACUAAUCUGAAACGGGAGGGUAGAUUCUCUUGCAAACAUGGGCUCCAGAGCUGGGGACCUUCAGGGUCUUUCAUACCUGAAGGCUCAUUUAUUGACUGAGGGCCAGCGAGGGCAGGGACUUGCUUAGGGGAACACAGCAAGUCUGGCCAGGCGCCUGACUCUGAGACAUCAGCUCUGUCUUCUGGGCUCCCCCCUUCCACCUGGCUCAGGGAUCACUGGCGCAAAGGGGUCAUUCCAACCUGGGAGGUCUCAAGCCAGUCCUUAGUGUUGGCGAUGACAGUGAUGCAAAUGGCAAUGCUGAGAAGCCACAAUGCAGCCCCCAGCACCUCCUUGGCUAAGGCUUUGCCCAUGUUCUCUCAUUUAAUCCUUACAACCAACCCCAUGAGGAAGAUCUCUUUUUAUAGGUGAACAAACCAAGACAAUGUCAGGUGACUAAUGAGUGGCGUGGCUGGGAAGGAACACAGGUUCUUCCCAGAUGGUGCAGGUGAGCCAAAGCUUCAUGCCCGGUGCCCUCCCCAGCAGGCACUCUAAGUCAGUGGCAAACCGUGUUUUCAGUUCUGUCUUUCCUUCUGGAGAAAGUUCACGGGGAGGAUUUGGGGCUUAGUCUAAGUUUGGCCUUAGGGUUUCUAGAAGCCAGGGGGUUAUUUUUCUAAGAAGGUGGAGAGGGAACAGAGCCUUUCUAGUAUGGUUAGCCCUAGGGAGGCCCUCCCUCUCAGUCCAGCAUUGCACCCUCACAAAUCCCAGGUCCUCGGAGAGUCCUGUCCAAGCCCAGGCUGGAGCUGUGUGAUGGAGGGAGGAGACCCUGCCUCCCAGGCCCAGCCUCAGCUUGUCUACCGACCUUGAUGGAGUCACAGUGCAGUUGCCUCCCUCCUGGCUUAUGUAAUCAUUCAAAUAUAGCAGCUGCCUUUAUCCCACUGAGUCACACCCCCUCCCGCCCCCACUCAGGUGCGGGGAGUUAAGGGGGAAGAGGUAGAUUAGGGCUGAGUGGGUCGCUCAGGGCCUCCCGGAAGGAGGAUCCUGGUGUGCUGCAUUGGAGGAUGGUGGAGGUGAGGUUGCUGGGGCCAGAACCCCAGGGAGAGUAAAACCUUCCCCAGAGGAUGAGGCCACAGGGGCCACGUCUCUUCAGAUCUAUCCCUGCCGAAAUGCCACAUUCCUGUGGAUGCCUCCCAGGGUCAGGAGCUGUAUCCACGCUUUCUUUCCUAGUCCUGUGUCCCAGUGGAAGAGGUGAGGAGGAGGAGGGAGAGGUGGAGAAUUACAAGGAGGAGGAGGGAGUGGAGUGAGGCAGUGGCCAGGAGUCCCUGGUCCUAGGUCUAGAGCCCUGCCUCGUAUUCACUGUGUGACCUGGGCCUGUUUCCCCCUCUGUGCCCCAUAAGGGGCUGGGUUGCACUGGCUCUGGCACCUUGUGCUGUCUGGUCCAUACUCCUGGAGAGGACUUCGACCUUAGGCAGAAGGCACUUCCAAGCGUCUGGUCUAGCCCCAUCCCAGGCUGACUUCCCUCUCUUCCUUUUCUUUGUCCAUCCCAAAUCUGUCCAUCCUCCAUGGGCCAGUUCAGUACCUCCUGCCCCCCAAGCAAAUCCACAGGGCAGUGGAGACAGAAAGGGUCACUGGGUUCUGGGCUGAGGGGCUGAAUUUUGGCUGCCUCUCCCCUUCCUGAACUGACCAUCUGCUCCACCACUUCAUUCCCCUGCCAGCAGGGAUGGGGAGUUUCGUACCCCUGUGUCAGGUGACCCCUUCUUUCAAAGGGCAGCUCUGACUGAUCCUGGACCUGAAGCUGGCCCACACGGUGCCUCGAUCCUCAGCUCUGUGUCCCCAGAGCCACCUUCCUGAGGUGUUGAAGAAGCCACACCACCUUAGAGCUAGUCUGGAGCCCGGGGUGGCUUUUUGUUCCUUUGUCGACAAGGGCCUUGUCACACAUGGUGUGAUGGGGUCUGUGCUUAGUGUGGGAACGCAGGGAACUAUGCCAGGCCCUUGGUGAGGACUUGGUGCUCCUUCAGCUAUUGUCCUUAGAGUCCCAGGUGGCAUCUUCCUGGCUAAGUGGGAGGCAGAGAAGCGCUGUGAGAUGGCUUUGAGUGUCCCACUCCCUCCACCCCUGGGUUUUAGUUGCCAAGACUCAGAUGCAAGCCCAUCCUGGCUCCCAGCCAGAGGGAGUCACCCAGGGGUUUUCAGGCAGAGCCUCUGUGAAAUCCAUGUUCCGCCAAUUACCAGCCUUCCCCCAAGAAGGCUGAGGGAUACUCCAUGGCCUCAGUCUGCCCUUGGUUGGGGGUGGGCGGUGGUUCCCACAGAGCGGGGCAGUGAGGGCCCCCCACGCCAUCCACCCGCACUUGAGGGCCUAUUCUGAUGUGACCCUGUGCUGAGCUCUCAAGCACACUCGCACUUCCACAGUCACCUGUGUUUCCUUCCUACUCUCCCCAGCAUUUCUCGCUCUUACCUGGUGAGGCUGCCCAAAGGCUUGAGGCUGGGGCUGAGAUGAAUAGGACUUUGGUCUGUCCUUGAGGGGAGUGUGAUCCAGUAGAAGAAAUGAGGUGGCCCUGAGCAGGGGGUGGAGCGGUGGGACAGAUGACAGGGAAGAGGGAGGCAGCCAAGGAUUGCUCAGCCCAGAACCCAAUGGUCCCUCCUGCCUACCCUGUCUUCUGUGGGUGAGGGCAGGGCGUGUGCUGAACUGAUCCAAGAAGGAUAGGCCAGGAUUUGGGAUGGGCAGAGAAAAGCAAGAGGAGUGGGAAGUCAGCCUGGGAGCCAGAUGGUACCAAGUCAAGGAGGAAGAAAGGACUGACACUUGCUUAGGGACUAGACCCUGCUCCGUGUGGAGCAGAGGGUGGAGAAGUCAGUCCGGGCCGAACAUCAGAGACUUCCAAUACCAGGCUGAGGAGCUCGGCCUUUAUCCUGAAGGCACUGGGGAGUCAUGCAAGAGUUUUGAGGAAGAGUUACAUGACCAGCUAGAUAUAGAGUCUGUGCAGGGUGGAGUGGAAGAAGGGUUGAGUUGGGGUAGGGGGCUGGAGAAAGACCAGGGGGGGGGAAGGAAGCUGGGCCUGGAGGGAUGGAGGCAGUGGAUAGAUGGGAGAAUUACAGAGGAAGAACUGACAGCGACAGAUUUGACACAGGAAGUGCAGGAGAAGGAAGAGGCAAAGCGACUUUGAAGUUUCCAGACGGGAUUAGAAGUUUGCUGAUGCCUUUGAUAGAGACAAAAGAUAUGUUGGAUGUUGAAUAUUUGAGUGUGAGGAGCCUCUAAGAUGUUCCCACAGAUGUCCAGGAGGCAACCCGUACUGGAGGUUUGAAGCCCGGAGGAGAGGACUGGGCCUCAGGGGGCACUCCGUGUUGGUGCGUUGGAGGAAGUCUCCAAACUCCCUGAGGGUGGGGUGGAGAAAGAGGAGAGACAGGGCCUGGUGCUCCUGCGAGGAGCACCCAUGUUGAGGGGGCAAAGAUAGGAUGAGCCAGCGAGAGAGACAGAGGAGGGGCCGUCUGGAAGGUGGGAGGGAAACAGCCGAGCAGGAAGGAGGCGGGAGAGGGCGCUGAGAAGAAGCCGACGUCUUUGGCAGUGAGGAGGUAGCUGGAGCCUGCAGUCCUCGCGAGGCAGUGGGCGCAGGGCGGAGGCUGGAUCCCAGAGGCUGCAUCCUCCCGGCGCUUUGGGCGGCCACCCGCCUCCCAGCUUCCUCUCACCUCCCGCCGCUCCCCCAACUAGAAAUAACCGGUGUCCGCCGACCGGCUGCCGCUGGGCGGGCCAGGGCCUGUGAGCGCGGCCUCCCGGAUCAGCACCCGGGAGAGCGGCGGGGCGGGGCUUCGCGGUGAUCGCGCGGGGCCUUGGGUUCCUGCCUUGUCCGCCUCGCAGGAUGCAAGCCCGGGCAGGAGGGAAGAGCAGGUCGGGGACCCUCCGGCCCUCUCCCCUUUCAGAAGCAUCCGCCCAUCCCGGCACUGCCCAACAGGAGCCCCCACCCCAACAUUUGAGGCCAUUACUCCCUCAGCCCCAUCAAUUCAACCUCUUCAGGGGACGGGAAGGGAGGAAGACGGGCUCAUUACUGGGAACUUUACAGACAUUUCCAAAGCCUUACAACUCUUUGAGCUUGGAAAUUGUGACCUCUCCUUCCAGAUGAGCGAACUAAAUUGAAGUUCGGAGAGGUUAAAUAACUUGCCCAGGGCACAUGGCAGAGCUGGGAUCUGAACUUCCACCUGCCUGGCUGUGUCCUGGAGUACCCCAGGACCCAGUAGUCCUGGAUCUUGCACCUCCUUUCUACAGACUCCUUACUUCUGGGGCAGCUGUGGCAGUGGGAUGGGAGGAGACCUUCCCUCCUACCUGACUUACUUGAGUAUAUUCCCAGGAGAUUUCUGAAGAUGAGGCCUCCACCAUCAUUCCCAGGGUGGGAGGGCAGAGAGGAAGCUGAGGGGUAGGUGAGGCCUCAGGGCACCUGCUUCCCCUGUGCCUGGGGUGGGGGGAGGGGGUAUGCCUCCUGUGAACACCUCUGACUCAGCUUCUUACUGCUGGGCUCCAUGGGGCAUGGAGGGGAACCGUGAGAGGCCAAGUCUGGACACCGGCCAGGGCCUGGGCUUUCUGGGCCUGAAAAAUGCCUUCCCAGCUGGCAGGCAUGGAGCGGCAAGGUCCCAGGUACGGGUCAAGCUGAGAAAGCCGCUCAACCAGAGCUUUCGGACGUCUGAAAUUUUCCCUCCGGGACCACAGCGGGAAGCAAAGCUCCCUCACAUUUUCUUUCCUGACACUUCCUAAGCCCGAGAAAACUGCUUUCUGUCAGCCUGGACAGGCCUUGUGCACAAGCUGGGUCAUUCCCGUCCAUCCCACCAUCACUGUGCACCCCCGUGCCCAUUAACAGGGGCUAGGUUUCCACUCGGUCUCAUGGGCUUUGCAGCCUGGAUCCUGGUGUGUGGGGCAGGGUUAUUGAUGAGAAACCCCUUCUCCUGGGGUCCUUUAGAGACCCAGCUUGUACCCUCUCUUACAGUAAUGCUCACCGAUCCCAGACUGAGCCAGGGGCCCUCUUUGGGCACUAUGGACUCUGUGCUUCCGUCACACUAUGAGUUGUAACCCCCACACAACACACACACACCUUGAUUGGGUGCUUCUCCAAGGCAAGGAACAGUCUGAGUCAUAUCUAAUGAAGUUGGCCAAUGGUAGGUGUUUGUGAAUGAAUGAAUAAGUUAGUGGAGGAGACAGCAUUUGAACCCCCAUUUCCUGCCUCAAAGUGUGGAGUUUUUUCUUUUAUGUCAACAGGCUCUCUACUGAGACAACUCCCCACUUGUCCCAUUGUUAAAAUGACCCCAUUCCAUUGGGUUAAGGCUUCCUCCUGAGGAGUCUUCUCUGGCAACAGGGCAGAGGCCCAGCAGGCCUUCUCCCAUGCCCAUAGCCUGUGGACAGUGAAAACCACGUAGGCAGGCUGUGGCCUGGGUGCCCACAACUCCUAGUAGAAGUUCAUGCUUCUGGACACAUGACUGGCUCAGUCAGUAGAGCAUGUGACUCUUGAUCUCAGGGUUGUAAGUUCGAGCCCCAUGUUGGGUGUAGAGAUUACUUAAAAAUAAAACAAACCAAAAAAAGUACAUGCUUCAGCAUCAGGUCCCACAGUGUCCUGACUAAGAAGAGCCACCAACAGGUGGACUCUGUGACAAGGCUCUGAGUCCAAAGGCUGUUAGCAAAAGCACCCAGAGCCCCCUGCAUGCCCACCUCCAUGCUUGGGAAUGUAUCCCAGGGCAUGGUACAAACUCAGUAAGGGAGCCUGGAGGAGCUGGUUCUGUCUGGAGGCCUGGCCCUCCCAUACUUGAGGAGGACUCAGAAGUGUCCCCUGACCCUGAGGGCCUUAUAAUGGGGUAGCACAGGAGAUGGGUCCCAUCCAUCUACCCUUCAUCGCCAGCUCCUCUUCUAGUCCCUGCGCAGUGCAAAUCCUUUAUUCUCAUACCUCUCUGGGCUCCUCUAUCUGCUUCUCUCUUUCUUGUUCUUUCUCUCUCUCUCUUUCCAUCACUACUUUCUUUUUCUUUUCUUUUCUGUCUUUGUUCCUCUGUAUGUGUUUUCCCUAUGCCUCUCUGAUCUCUUUAUAUUUCCAUCUUGAUCUCUCUGAGGCUCUGAUCCCUCUCUUCUCUCCUUCAUGUAUUUCUCUCCUUCCCGUCUGUGUCUGUCUCUGUUCCUCUGUGCAUGAGUCUUUCUUUUCCUCUCCCAGCCAGAGUCUCUCUCUACCCCUCCCUCCCCUUCUCCCUCUCUGUCUGGGCCUCUCUGUCCCUCCUCCCUCCUCCCUCCCCCUUCUGCAUUAUCAGACCUGCUCCAACCUCCUCCCGGAGCCAGCCUAGCGGCAGAGGCAGUGGCAGCAGGAGAGGUGGGAGCAACUGGGGCAGCGGCAACACUGUCUCAGGGUAUUGAGUCCAGGCUGAGUUGAGGACAGGCUACCGCUCUCAGUCCCCGUGCCUACUGGGCCAGGCACCCUGCCUGGAACCCCGGGCAGGGUGGACAGGGCGAGGUGCCACCGUAGUCUGGCUGGGGAGGCAGACGAUGAGGAGCAAUGGGGCAGGCGUGCGGCCACUCCAUCCUCUGCAGGAGCCAGCAGUACCCGGCAGCACGACCAGCAGAGCCGCGGGGCCAGCAGGUCUUCCUCAAGCCGGACGAGCCGCCGCCGCCGCCGCAGCCAUGCGCCGACAGCCUGCAGCCAGCCGGGACCUCCUUGCCCAGGAGCCAGUGCCCCCAGGGAGUAGAGACGCCCGACUGGAGGAUGCUUUGCUGAGCCUUGGCUCCGUCAUCCACGUUGCAGGCUUCCAGAGGGCUGUCAAGGAAGCCCUUUCGGCUGUGCUCCCCAAAGUGGAGACUGUCUACACCUACCUGCUGGAUGGGGAGUCCCGGCUGGUGUGUGAGGACCCCCCCCAUGAGCUGCCCCAGGAGGGGAAAGUCCGAGAAGCUGUGGUCUCCCGGAAGCGGCUGGGCUGCAGCGGACUGGGCCCCGCAGACCUGCCAGGGAAGCCCUUGGCCAGGCUGGUGGCUCCACUGGCUCCUGACACCCAAGUGCUGGUCAUGCCGCUGGUGGACAAGGAGGCUGGGGCUGUGGCAGCCGUCAUCUUGGUGCACUGUGGCCAGCUAAGUGACAGUGAAGAGUGGAGCCUGCAGGCGGUGGAGAAGCAUACCCUGGUGGCCCUGCGAAGGGUGCAGGCCCUGCAGCAGCGCGGGCCCGACGCGGCCUCCGAAGCCCUCCAGAACCCCCCGGCGGCGGAGGCGGGAGACCAGAAGGGCGGCGUCGCGUACACCGACCAGGACCGGAAGAUCCUGCAGCUGUGCGGGGAACUCUACGACCUGGAUGCCUCUUCCCUGCAGCUCAAAGUUCUCCAAUACCUGCAGCAGGAGACCCAGGCAUCUCGCUGCUGCCUCCUGCUGGUGUCCGAGGACAACCUCCAGCUUUCCUGUAAGGUCAUUGGAGAUAAAGUGCUGGAGGAGGAAACCAGCUUUCCGUUGACGACAGGGCGCCUGGGCCGUGUGGUGGAAGAUAAGAAGUCUAUCCAGCUGAAAGAUCUCACCUCUGAGGAUGUGCAACAGCUGCAAGGCAUGUUGGGCUGUGAGCUGCAGGCCAUGCUCUGCGUCCCUGUCAUCAGCCGGGCCACUGACCAGGUGGUGGCCUUGGCCUGCGCCUUCAACAAGCUCGGAGGAGACUUGUUCACGGACCAGGAUGAGCGUGUGAUCCAGCACUGCUUCCACUACACGAGUACGGUGCUCACCAGCACCCUGGCCUUCCAGAAGGAGCAAAAGCUCAAGUGUGAGUGUCAGGCUCUUCUCCAAGUGGCAAAGAACCUCUUCACUCACCUGGAUGAUGUCUCUGUCCUGCUCCAGGAGAUCAUCACAGAGGCCCGAAACCUCAGCAACGCUGAGAUCUGCUCCGUGUUCCUGCUGGAUCAGAAUGAGCUGGUGGCCAAGGUGUUCGACGGGGGUGUGGUGGAUGACGAGAGCUACGAGAUCCGCAUCCCGGCUGACCAGGGGAUUGCGGGCCACGUGGCAACCACUGGCCAGAUCCUGAACAUCCCGGACGCGUACGCGCACCCGCUUUUCUACCGCGGCGUGGACGACAGCACCGGCUUCCGCACGCGCAACAUCCUCUGCUUCCCCAUCAAGAACGAGAACAAGGAGGUCAUCGGCGUGGCCGAGCUGGUGAACAAGAUUAACGGACCAUGGUUCAGCAAGUUCGACGAGGACUUGGCGACAGCCUUCUCCAUCUACUGCGGCAUCAGCAUAGCCCACUCCCUCCUAUACAAGAAAGUGAACGAGGCCCAGUAUCGCAGCCACCUGGCCAACGAGAUGAUGAUGUACCACAUGAAGGUCUCUGAUGAUGAAUACACCAAACUCCUCCAUGACGGAAUCCAGCCUGUGGCUGCCAUUGAUUCCAACUUUGCCAGUUUCACCUACACCCCUCGCUCCCUGCCCGAGGAUGACACUUCCAUGGCCAUUCUGAGCAUGCUGCAGGACAUGAAUUUCAUCAACAACUACAAGAUGGACUGCCCGACUCUGGCCCGGUUCUGUUUGAUGGUGAAGAAGGGCUACCGGGACCCCCCCUACCACAACUGGAUGCACGCCUUUUCCGUCUCCCACUUCUGCUACCUGCUCUACAAGAAUCUGGAGCUCUCCAACUACCUCGAGGACAUCGAGAUCUUCGCCUUGUUUAUUUCCUGCAUGUGCCACGACCUGGACCACAGAGGCACAAACAACUCCUUCCAGGUGGCCUCGAAAUCUGUGCUGGCUGCGCUCUACAGCUCCGAGGGCUCCGUCAUGGAGAGACACCACUUCGCUCAGGCCAUCGCCAUCCUCAACACCCACGGCUGCAACAUCUUCGACCACUUUUCCCGGAAGGACUAUCAGCGUAUGCUGGACCUGAUGCGGGACAUCAUCUUGGCCACCGACCUGGCCCAUCACCUCCGCAUCUUCAAAGACCUCCAGAAGAUGGCUGAAGUGGGUUAUGACCGAACCAACAAGCAGCACCACAGUCUCCUCCUCUGCCUCCUCAUGACCUCCUGUGACCUCUCCGACCAGACCAAGGGCUGGAAGACUACCCGGAAGAUCGCAGAGCUGAUCUACAAAGAGUUCUUCUCCCAGGGAGACUUGGAGAAGGCCAUGGGCAACAGGCCGAUGGAGAUGAUGGACCGGGAGAAGGCCUAUAUCCCCGAGCUGCAGAUCAGCUUUAUGGAACACAUCGCAAUGCCCAUCUACAAGCUGCUGCAGGACCUGUUUCCGAAGGCGGCGGAGCUGUACGAACGCGUGGCCUCUAACCGUGAGCACUGGACCAAGGUGUCUCACAAGUUCACCAUCCGCGGCCUCCCGAGCAACAAUUCGCUGGACUUCCUGGACGAGGAGUAUGAGGUGCCUGAGCUGGAUGGCACUGGGGCCCCCGUCAAUGGCUGUUGCAGCCUUGAUGCUGAAUGAGCCCCUCCCCGGGACCCUUCUCUGCCCAGGCCUCUUCUUAACAGCCCUCCACUGGCCUGGCCCCAGUGCCCUGGGACCAGAGCCACAGGUCCUAGGUUCUAAUCCAGGACUUACCAUGCGACCCUGGGCAAGUACCGGCCUUCCCGGGCCUCAGUUUUCUUGUCUGUAUAAUGGAAGCAAGACUUCCAGCCUCGCCUCACCAAGACUUUGUCAUUUGUCCUCGGAGAGCACAGGGGUGACUGAUGAGCAGUGGGCCCUACUCUGCACCCCUGACCACAUCUUGGCAAGUCCUCCUCAGCCACUCCUUCUUCUGAGGCAGUCUGGAUGCUUUCCCCUGGGCCCCAUUCCUGCCCGACCAGAUCUGGCCCUCUUCCCUCUUCCAGGGCCCUCCUGCAAGGAGAAGGUGGGACAUCUCAAUGAGCAGAGAGUGGGUCUUAGAAACAGUCAUUAGCUCUGCUGGAUGACUAGAAAUAGCCACGAGGCCGAAGGUGCCCCUUAGGGUCCCCACUAUGCUUAUGGUAGGCAUUGGAGCCUGGGGAGCGGCAGGGACCCCACACGGAAGCUGCCAGAGGGUCGGUCCAGUGCUCUGGGCAGAGGGGGCUCAGGAAGAGCACAGGAUGGGAAUGGUGGGCAGGAAGGGUCCUGGGGCUGGAAGACAGGUGCCAGUUGAGUCAAUGCUUCCUCCUGGCUGUGUGACCCUGGGCAAGUGACUGCCCCUAUUUGGGUGAGACAGGAGAGUGAGACAAUCCCUUUUCUAAGACCCCUUUUAGAUCAAAGUCCCUUGGCUCUGUGGAGUCCCAGGAGAAGCCGUGGAAUGUCCCCACCACCCUAGGGCAGAGAGCCAACCCUGAAUCCUUCAGGGGCUCCCUGAGUGUCCCCGCUCUUAGCCCAAGUCCCUUCCCCAUCCCUGCAGCCAGAGGGCUGCCUUAGCCCUAGCAGGGCUCCUAUCUUCUUCAAGGCCAUAUCUACCCGUGCCCUGGGGCUUGGGAGACCCCCAUAGGGCCGGGCCUCUUGGGUCAGCCUGGCUGCUGGCUUCUCCCUUCUCUGUGUUGUUCUGUAUGUGUUGUGGGGUGGGGGGAGGGGGGCCACCUGCCUUACCUAUUCUGAGUUGCCUUUAGAGAGAUGCGUUUUUCUAGGAUUCUGUGCAACUGUUGUAUAUGGUCCCGUGGGCUGACCGCUUUGUACAUGAGAAUAAAUCUAUUUCUUUCUACCAA